AUCAUGAAGUAACACGUGGAAAACAACAAUUUAGUGGCUAAAAAUCCACGCCACGGCGGCGUUUGCUAUUAUGUCUCCACCCUUCUCGGCGGCGCUUUCUACCAUUCUUCCUUCUUCUCAACAUAUAAUUGAAAAAAAAUGUCAAUCCUUUCUCUCUCCCUUUCUCCAUUUCCUAAUCCAUCUCUCUCUCAUCUUAGUUCCCAUGCUCCCUCGCACAUCCAAUCACUCCACCUUUCUUCAUCCAUGACCCUCCUCAAACCUUUCCACCACCAUCUCCGUCGCCGUCUCUCCAUCUCCGCCGCUGCCGCCGUCCGUCAAGACACUAACCUCUGGACAACCGCACCUCUCGUCACCAUUUCACCCGCCGCUGAAUCUCUAUUCCACGUCGCUAUCGACGUGUCCGAUUACCCUGACCUAGCUACCUCAUACACCAAAGCUGGUCAGUAUCUCCAGCUUCGUGUUCCUGACGUGGAGAAACCCUCGUUUCUAGCGAUUGCAUCUCCGCCUUCGCUUGCUGCCGCGAAAGGUGUAUUUGAGUUCCUUGUGAAAAGUAUAUCAGGUUCUACAGCGGAGCUACUAUGUGGAUUGCAGAAAGGGGAUGUUGUGGAGUUGAGUCAGGUUAUGGGGAAAGGAUUUGAUUUGGAUCAAAUUUCUCCAGCGGAGAAGUAUCAGACGGUCGUGAUUUUCGCUACCGGAUCUGGAAUUAGCCCAAUUAGAUCCCUGAUCGAGGCAGGAUUUGGUGCAGACAAGAGAUCUGAUAUUCGGCUAUACUAUGGCGCACGGAAUUUGAAGAGAAUGGCAUAUCAGGAUAGGUUUGAAAACUGGGCAUCCUCUGGGGUUAAGGUUGUGCCAGUGUUGUCUCAGCCUGAUGAUGCUUGGACAGGUGAACAUGGCUAUGUUCAGGCCGCAUUUGCCCGAGCUAAAAACAUAUUUAGUCCUCAAUCCACCGGAGCAGUCCUCUGUGGUCAAAAGCAAAUGGCUGAGGAGGUGACUUCUCUUCUUGUAGCAGAUGGAGUCUCAACCGAGAAGAUCCUGAAGAACUUCUAAACAAAAUCCAAUUUUGGUUCGUCGUGUUGUAUCAGUGUCUAGUAUAAAACCAAUUCAUUCGAUUUCACCUGCUGGCUUCAAGGUAUCCAGCAUGGGCAAACAACAUAAUGUGAAGCAUAUAUUAAUGCAUUCAAAUUAAUUGUUGUAUAGACUGGUCAAACAACAUGAUGUAACAAUCAUGGCCAUCAGGCUAUACAAAGUCCAAUGUUAAGCAUAUAUUAAUGCAUUCAAAUUAAUUGUUGGA